AUGAGUCAAUCUAAUAUUAUUCUUAUAAGGAUGUAGAGGAGCUUUAUCGAGUAAAUUAAUAUGAUGUUAUUGGAUGUAUAUCAAUUGAUCAAGAGGAAAACAUAAUCAAAUAUAUUAUUGAUAGAUUUAAGUAUGUCAGAUUAAGUGAUCUUAUUUUCAAUCGUAAAUAAUUGUUUUUUUAUUAUACAAAGCAAAUUUUAUUAGAUUUCAUUUGGGCUAACUUUUGAAAUUAUUUAUUAAAAUAUUAAACAAGAUUCUAGAGAGGGAAAAAUAAAAAAUAAAAAAUAAAACAUGAAUACUUAGAUGAUAAUAAAAUAUGGUUGGAACUUGUGA